UACCAGAACAUGCCUUUAGAGAUAAUACUUCAUCUUUCAAGAACACACAAAGUCGCUAAGGGCAGUAUUUAUACGACAACCACCCACUAAUUAAGUCCCACACCUUUAAAAAAUACAGAGACCUCUGUUUCAGAUUACUCCAUCGAUGAAAGCCACAAAACUAUGAGUAUAUCCCAGGGACUCAAGGUGACAAGGCCUAUAGAUUCUUCUGGAGUUGAUCUAAAUUAGUUUUUUAUUUAUAUUAUUGUUAAUAGUAGUAGUAUUAGCAGAAGUAGCAGUAGUAUUCUGAGAAUAAUGCGUUCAAUUAUAAGUAUUUAUCAUUUGUCAUAAUUAAUUAAUUGAUUUUUCGUUCUUUUCCCCUGUGUGCUGCUGGCCCUUUAAGAAACGUGUCGUCAUUGUUUUAGGGGCGUAACCCGGAAGUCUUCGUCAUUUGAUCGGUCAACACGCUGCCGGUCUAUGAAGCGACUCAUCCUCCCUGUAGGUGUGUGUGUUAUGAAGCGUGUGUGUUAUGAAGUGUGAGUUUCAUGAAGAGUGUGUGUAGCGUCGCUGUUGAUCUGAUCAGACCCGGAGCUGCUCCUCGUUCAGCCGCAGCUCAUCGCCUCGCAGCGGACAUGUGUAAAGAGCUGAGGACCAAAGUGCUGCGGUUCCUGCCGCCGACCCCCAGCGGGCCAACGGUUCACCAGGAUCAGGCAGAUGGUGCUGACAUCCUGAGGUGCACGGCGGAGGCCCUGCAGGAGGGUCAUGUGGUCGGCGUGCCCACAGACACCAUCUAUGGCCUGGCGUGUCUGGCUCAAAACUCCGACGCUGUCCGAAAAACGUACGACGUCAAGGGGAGGAACGGACACAAGCCGCUGGCCAUCUGUGUGGGGGAAAUUCAGGAUAUCUACAAGUACUGUAAGGUGAACGUGAAGGAGGAGCUGUUAGGUGACCUGCUGCCCGGUCCCGUCACUCUGGUGUUUGAAAGAUCGGCCCUACUCAACACGGACCUCAACCCCUUCACCUCACUUGUUGGCGUGCGUAUCCCAGACCACUCCUUCAUGAGGCGUCUCUGCCAGAUGUGUGGGGAACCACUGGCGCUCACCAGUGCCAACAUCAGCGCACACAGCAGCACUCUGGAAGUACAAGAGUUCCAGGAGCUUUGGCCAAAACUCGCGGUGGUGGUGGAUGGUGGACCAAUCACGGACCAGAGCCGCCUGGGAUCAACGGUGGUCGACUUGUCGGUGCUCGGCAAAUAUCACAUCAUCAGGCCUGGCUGCGCCCUCUCUUCUACGCUUGAUGUGCUGGAGCGCAAACACGGGCUGUCAGCGGACUCGGACAAAUGACCUUUGAACUCUCAACACUCCACAACACGGGCUGAGACGCACAAUUAGCUCUGACCUCAGGGCUUCCUCGGAAAAGAAGAAAUCCCUUUUAUAUUUUUGUGUUCACAUAGAAGAAAGAGAGACUAAUACUAAGGAACAAGUUGAGUCUUAAAUGACCGAUGGGCGAAGUUGUUCUGGUGGCGGCUUUAACCGUCUGGGGUUUUUCUUUUGAUGCUUUACCAUGUGCCGACUAUCACAUUAUGUGUCUAAGUUAUCAAUCUUUUAUUGUGAAAAAUACAGGUCAGCCACUUUUCGGGAUUCACUAAAAUCGAGGAGGUGUAGUUUAGGACCUAUAUUGCAGCCAGCCACCAGGGGGCGAUGAAGGUGCUGCGGCUCCGCUUCUGAGAGCUGUCAUGUCGUCCAUCUUCAUUCAAAUUGUGGAUUUGACGGGCGCCCAACAUGUUGCCCGGAUUAAUCUUGUUGACAAGAUAAACAGAUGGUUAUUUAAAAUGCACUAUGCAUCAAAGUUUAAUGAUUCCAGAACUGUUUAUUAAAUAACUUAUGAAUCCCAUGUUUACAAUUGGUCGCCAGCUACGGUCACAGUAACUGUUUUCAUGUUGUAGCUUAAAGUACAAGUCUGAAACUGCUGCUGUAACUCAUCAGUCGUGCUGUUGAACACACGGAGCUGGUGAAUGUACGGUAGGACAUUCACCCGCCCACGUUUGAAAACAAAGAUCUUUUAAAUUCAUCACCCUGUUAACUUUUUUGGAUGAACGUGCCACAAUAAAUUCUCAGUUUUACGUAA